GUCCGUCUCAUUGGAAAAUCUAAGAACAAUGUCACAGGUCUAAUAACGAACAAUUGCGUAGCCAAGUCAGACCGGAAUACGCAAUACAAAAUCCUUAAAGCCGGCUGCGGAGAUGGUUUUAUUUUCAGCUCAGACGACGGCUUCAAUACGGACGGCUCGACAAUUACCAGCCCGUUUUUCCGAAUGUUCAAACUGAUGAACUCUGAUAGUCUCACCUUCCAGUGUACGUUCACCAUCUGCAACAGCGACUGCGAUGGAAACAGCUGCCGGAGGAAACGGCUCAGGCGUGACGCUACACAACUCUUUCAAAAGCUGCUGAACGCCGGCGAUGACGACCCUGACGCCACCGCCAACACAACAACCCAAGCGGCCACCUCCACCUAUGACCUGCAGAAAGAGACGUAACAUAAUGCUACUACUACUACAACUGAUAGUAAUGAUAAUAACAAUAAUAAUAAUGAUGAUAAUAAUAAAAAUUUAAAAAAUAAUAAUAAUAAUAAUAAUAA